AUGGCGGAGAAACAGCUCGUAAAUCUUCUAGCGUUGUUGUCACCGGCUGAUAUUGUAACCCCCGAAUCUCCAGAAUAUGAAGAGCAGUCGAGAACAUGGGCUGUUCAGGCCAACAAACACCCUCGAGUUGUGGUCACACCGAAAAGCGUGGAAGCGUUGAGCAGAGUAGUUUCAUAUGCGAACACAACGGAUCUCAACAUCGGGAUUCGUUGUACGGGUAUUGGAAAUGCUACCAGUACAGAUGUGUUAAUCUCACUGUCCGCGUUUAAGUCAUUCGAGUUCGAUCCGCAUGAAGAGACCGUCACUUUUGGGUCGGGUCAUUGCUGGGGAGAGAUUGACCAAAAGCUGGAAGAGAAUGCACCAGGAUACGCGGCAGUCAGUGCCAGGUGCACUUAUGUUGGCGUCGGUGGCUCAAUCCUUCAUGGCGGACAGAGCUGGCUGAGCUCGGAGUACGGUCUUGCGUGCGAUCCAAAAAAUCUGCUUGAUGUCCAAGUGGUUAAGAUGGAUGGCAGCGAUGUUUGGGCGAGUGAAGAGCCAGAGCUGCUUUGGGCCCUACGCGGCGGAGGUGGAGGGUUCGGAGUGGCUACCGCUUUCAAGAUGCGAGUUUACAAAUAUCCAUCUUCGAUAUUUUGUGGACAGAUCGUAUAUCCCUCAGAUGCACUGAAAGAUAUUGCGCGUGAGACUGCCGCGUUUGCUUCACGAUGCAGUGAUCCAAAGAUGGCAUUGCAUUUGUAUUGCCUCAACAUGACAGCAGGAACAUAUGCGGGCAAGGAACCGAAACCGGGACUGGCUAUCUUUGCAUACGAUGCCAACGGUCCAGAACAUGGUCGCAGCAAAGACGGUUUCAAAUGGGCACUGGACAUCCCCGGAGCCGUUGAUUUAACCAAGACCUUGAAUUUUCGAGAAGUGAACCAGCAAUUUGAUGCAUCAAGAGCGCCAUUUGGGAAGAUUAAUACGUGGGCAGCAGGUGUCACAGUUCCUGUCGUUGAUGAAGAUUUGAUACUUCGAGCUUGGGAUUGGUAUCUGGCACUUCUGAAGAAGGAUCCAAAACUGGUCAUGGGUACUUAUGUCCUCAUGGAAGCUGUUUAUCAAUCUCUUAGGUUUCCUAGCCUAGUCUCCGCCUGGCCUCAUACAAGAAACCAGCACAAUCUUCAAUUAGGAACAGGGGUCAUACCAGGCUCGGCGGGGAGUGAUGAUUUAGCAUAUAAAGCGAUGGCAGAGGGGCCGUAUGAGAUACGUCCCGGUCACACUGGAGCCGACUAUUUUCCAAACUUCCUAGAGGAUUUUAUUGACCCAAAGAAG